AUGCCAUCAGCGAGACGAUCAUCACAAGCUGCAGCAGCAGCAGCGUCGCCAAAAGCGAUUCCUACCACUACCGCGGCACUAGACGCCGAACCAGCAACAACAGCAACUACAGCAUCAACCGAAUCAGCAUCGGCACCAGCACCGACAUCGGCGGAAGCUGGACCAUCAAAUCCAGCAAAGCAAGUGCCUACGCAGAAAGAGGAGGCCUCUACGGAUGCGCACCUCGAGCUGCUCACCGAGCAUUUCGGCUACAACCCCAAGUCCUUCAUCGACGCGCUCGUCUAUCUCUCCAACGAGCACCUGUACAGCAUCGCCACCGAGUUCGAAAACGUGGUUUUGGACCUAUUGAAAGAUGUCGACGGGGGCGAAUUGGAAGCGGAGCAGGGCAUGCAUGCAAUCUUGACGUUGAUGGAGAACUCGCUCGACCACACUCUCGACACCUUCGAGCUCUACUGUUUCCGAUCCGUGUUCGGCAUCCGCUCGCGUCAGGCAAAGUACAUGACGCUCGAUCAUCAUCGAGGAUUGGACUUGCGCACACAGCAAUCGAGCGCUGCUGCCGCAUCUUCGAAGGGUCAGAGCAAGUCAGCGAGGAAGAGCGUCGUUGGCGCCUCGACCAAUCUCAGCGCCAACGAACGCAGUUACCAGUUGGGAGAAACCGAGGACUCGCUCAAACGUCAGAUUGCUGCUGCGAGAGCAACACAACACAAACUGCUUCUCGCUCAGAACGCUACGAGGGAGAGUCUGGAUCGCAUGCUCCGCCUUGCCGAGCGCUUCUCAUCGAUCUUGUACGCUGGCGACCACAAGGUGGCCUCGGCCGGUAGCGACGUCAAGACGACGGCUCCAGUGCUCACCGAAACACUCGGCCAGCACGCUCGCAAACUCAAAGCUGACACAAUACCGCUCCUUAGGGCGCUGCGAGAAUUACGCGCAGCAGAUCCGCUCGGUGCACCCUUGUACCCGGGUGGUGCAGCGGCUGGCAGCAGAGAGGCGGGAGAUGGGGAAGCGGAGGAGGAAGGCGUGGAAGCAGCGGACAAGCGAGCAUGGGAGCGCGGGCGCGAAGGGUAUCUCAAUUGGGCAGCGGAUAAGAUCAUUGCCAAGAGCAAGCGAGGUGGUGCUACAGUUGGAUCAGCCACGGGUGGGAGUGGUGCUGUGGGCGGUGGGGCUGAUGCAGAAGCGGCAGCGCAGGACGUGACGUUGGCGGCUGAGGACGACUCGAAGACUCCCAAGCGGAAGAGGACGGCGGGACAGCCGACAUCAUCGAAAAGAAAGACUCCCGGUACAGCUACUCGCUCGCGAGGUUGA